AUGGCGUUUUUGGCAAAGGGUAUCAAGUGUGAUCUUAUACUGUUGGCAACUGAAAUGGGGGAGGAACCGAAAUCUGAUAUGACAGUAUAUGGGCUAAAAACAUUAAUCACUGGCAGUCAGGUAUAUGAAGAAGAAUUUGUGAAAACUUUACUAGAAACAAUAAUCUCUACAAGAAAGGAACAAGAGAGUAAGUCGAAGUUGCAGAUGGAGAUGGAAGCAAGGAAGCGAGAGAUGGAAUUUGAAUUGGAAAAGAAAAAAAUAGAAUCAGGAAUGGCUGCAUCUAAUGCUAGUUCAGCUAGUGGCUGGAUAAGUGCUUUGAAUGUCACAGAUUUGGAGGGACUGAAAGAUUUGAUCAUUACGGAUCAAGUAAAGAAGAGAGUUCCACAAGAGGUUCGUGACCAUUUUGUUGAUGUGUGGGGGACAUUAGUCAAACCCCAAGAUUUAGCAGACAAGCUAGACGAGUACGAGUGUAUUCGAAAAACUUAUCGGAGACCAUCAAAUCGAAAUCCCAAGGGACAUCAACAAGUAAAUGUUAGGAAUAACGCCUUUAGCCGUGAUAACAGAGACUAUAAUAAUAGUCCUAAACAGAUGAAGCAAGAUAAAGGUUUCACACGGAAUAGAUGCGAACCGAAAAACCGUCCAAAGUUUACCUGCUAUUUCUGUGGAGUGGAUGGUCACGUAAAGAAGUUCUGUCCCAAACUUUUAAAGACGAACUCAGAUCAAGAUAGUAGAAGAAAGGCAAAUGUUCACAGAACUGUCGUGGACCCAGAACCGGUAACUAAGGAAACGGCAGUAGUGGCUAAAGUGAUGUCUCACAGACGACCUUCUCUUGAUAAAGGUCUUUGUAAUCUAGAAAGGAUACGUAUAAGUGUGAAUGGAAAUGCAACAGCUUUAAUUGAUUCUGGCACUGAAAUAACUGUAGUCAGAAGAGAUAUAUUGACUGAUUUUCCUGUUGAAGAUAAGGCUUCAAUUUAUAUAAAAGGCAUUUUUGGUCCAGCGGAGAAAUGUUCUCUUGUCAAUAUUCCAAUGGGUGUCAUCGUUGGCGAAGACGGGAACAUGAUUCACCAAGAAGUGCUGUGUGCAGUUGCUCCUACUCUGGUGGAUGAUGUACUGUUGCCCCCAGAAAUAAGGGACAAGCUGCAGGGUGUUCAAGAAAAUUAUUUCGUUGAUAUUUCUGAAAAGGACACAGAACCGAAGACAAUUAAAGAUAGAGAAAUUGUCGAUGAAACAAGUGAUGAUAACCCAGUCUUGGGAAGUGAAGAAAUAAGGGCAUUAUCUGUGGAAAAUUCAGAAAAGAAUGCUAAAGAACAAUCAAGGUCGGACGAAUUUCUUAAAGAUCAAAAAGUUUUAGGGGAGUCCGUUGCUCAGCUAGUUUUGCCUAAGAAGCGUAGACUUGAAGUUCUAAAUUUAGCUCACUGUUCGGUAUUUGGAGGUCACAUGGGCGCAAGAAAAACUGCUGAAAGAAUAAGGUAUUCUUUUUACUGGCAUGGAAUAUCCAAAGAUGUCAGAGCUUUUUGUCAACAGUGCAAAGAGUGUCAGUUGACAAGGCGAAUAAAUCAAAAGGACAGAGUACCAAUUACUCCUGUGGCAAGACCAGAAUUGCCGUUCCAAGUUGUAAACAUCGAUAUCAUUGGACCUAUAGAUCCGCCAAGUGCAAAAGGUCACAGAUAUAUAUUAUGUCUAGUUGACCAACACACGAGAUGGGCUGAGGCAGUACCACUGACCAGUUUAACUGCCAAAGCUACAUGUGAAGCACUGUUAACCAUCUUCAUGCGGACAGGUGUGCCUAAUAUAAUAGCAUCAGACAAUGGGACUAAUUUCAAUGCUAGUUUGACACAAGAGUUUGAAAAAAGAAUGGGAUCCAGCCCAAGAUUUUCGACACCAUUGCAUCCAGAGUCGAAUGGGCUGGUAGAAAGAUUUAAUCAGACGUUAAAGCACAUGCUACAUCAUGUCAUUUUGGAAGAGCCACGUACAUGGCAUACAAAAAUACCAUUCAUUUUGUGGGCCUAUCGAGAAGUCCCCAACAGCACGACCGGCGUAGCACCUUUUCAGUUGUUAUAUGGACGAAAACCAGAAGGACCCUUAUCUAUUCUGAGGAACACUUGGGUGGCAGAUGAAGAGGGUUUGCAGUUGGAUACUACUCCAGUACCUCUUUACAUGGAAAAGCUUAAGAAGCAGCUAGAAGACGCAGCUGAGAAAGCAAAAUUGAUUUCAACAAUGCCUGAUGGUAGUCUGAGGCAUGUGCAUCAAAAUAAAAUGAGAGAAUUUAUUGCUAGCUCCGGAAGUGUGAACGUCAUAUUUGAAGGGGAAGAAGAAUUUGGUGACAUCGAAAAUACUCCAUUGAAAGAAGACUCCUUUUGGCAGGAAGUAAAAUCCGUAGCCUCACCUGACUUAUCAACUACGCAGCAAACAGAAUUGGAGACAUUAUUAAAAGAAUUUGAACCCUUAUUCAAAAGACCAGUGCAACCAGUUGCAAUCGGGGAGCACGUGAUUGAACUUUUGCCCAAUAUUACUAGACGGAAACCGCAUUCCUACAGUGUUCCAAUGUCUUAUAGAGCAGAGGUGGACAGACAAGUGAAAGAACUGUUGGACUUACACUUGAUUGAACCUUCGAAUGCAGACAUUACAUAUCCUAUAGUAUGUGUGGCAAAGAAGGACGCAUCCAUUCGAAUGUGUAUUGGCUAUAGAGCCCUUAAUGCUGUAACAAAAGUUCCUAAUUACCCCAUGAAAGAUACACAAGAAUUAGUUUUUACUGCGGGGAUGGCUCAAUGGUUAUCUUGUCUAGAUUUGCUAAAGGGAUAUUACCAAAUUAAAAUGAAUGAUGAGAACAAAAUGUUAACAGCAUUUUCUACUCAUAACGGAGUAUAUCAGUGGAAGGUUAUGCCUUUUGGUCUAUCGGGAGCAUCGGGUUUACUUUUGGUUGCUGGUGGUUCAAAUCCUGCAAUGAAUGUGCAGAAAGAUUGUGGGACGCAGAGAAAUGAUGAUUAUCUAGGCUUAAAGACAAGUGAUUAUCAGAAAAACAAAUGUCAGGUGAGUAAGGAAGGUUCAAUAGAGGCUCCGAUUCCAGUGACAGAAUUGUAUCAGAGGUCACCCGAGCGACAUGAAGCCUAG